ACUUUUCAUCUCCAACCUCUUUCGCUGUUCAUCUUCUUCCCUUGGAUCCUUGUUUGCUGGCUUGGGUUUUAAUGUUCUCCUUUCCUUAUCUCCUCAUCAUCUCUUUCCUUUCAUCAUUUACCAUCUCUUCUUCGAAACCCAGCAGAUCUGCUGGGUUGUCGAGAACCCAGCAGAUCGUUGGGUUCGAUUUCGAUUAAUCGAACCCAGCAGAUCCGCUGGGUUCUUGACAACCUAGCGAUCCGCUGGGUUCUUGACAACCUAGCGAUCCACUGGGUUCUUGACAACCCAGCAGAUCGUUGGGUUCGAUUAAUCGUAAUCGAACCCAGCAGAUCCUCUAGGUUCUUCGAUCUGUUAGGUUCGAUUUCCAGCGAUCUGCUGGGUUCUCGAGAACCUAGCGAUUUGCUAGGUGAAUCUAAAGGAGAGGUUGAGCUGAGUUGAGUUGAGUUGAGUUUUAUAGCUUUGAGUUUUUGUGUUUCUUGUUGCUGUUGACUUGAAAUGGCAUCAUUUUCAGCUCAAGGUGGAGGAGGAGGAGGAGGAGAUGUUCUGUAUACAGAGCUGUGGAAAGAAAUAGCGGGUCCACUGGUUUAUGUUCCGCGGGCUGGAGAACGAGUGUUGUAUUUUCCACAAGGGCACAGCGAACAAUUGGAGGCAUCCACAAAUCAGGAGCUGGAUCAAAGGAUUCAGCUGGACAAGUACAAUCUUCCAUCCAAGAUUCUGUGCCGUGUUAUUAAAGUUCAGCUGCUGGCUGAACAAGAAACUGAUGAGGUUUAUGUGCAAAUAGCUUUGCUUCCUGAAGCAGAUCAAACUGAGCCAACAACACCGGAUUUGUGUCCUCCUCAGCCUCCAAGACCUGAGCUUCACUCAUUUUCCAAGGUUUUAACUGCUUCUGAUACGAGCUUCCUUGGAAGUUUUUCAGUUUUGCUUGAGCAUGCCACCGAAUGCCUUCCUCCACUGGACAUGACCCGGGCGACCCCAAUGCAGGAAUUGGUUGCUAAAGAUCUUCAUGGCUAUGAGUGGCAGUUCAAGCAUAUUUUCGAAGGUCAACUACGGAGGCACUUGCUUACAACAGGAUGGAGUACUUUUGUCGCUUCGAAGAGACUAGUUGCUGGUGAUUCCUUUAUAUUCUUGAGAGGGGAAAAUGGGGAGUUGCGUGUUGGAGUUAGGCGUGUUGCUCCCCCACGAAGUAGUAGGCUAUCAUCAGUGAUUUCAACUCAUAGCAUGCACCUGGGAGUGCGUGCAACUGCAUUUCAUGCUGUUGCAACCAAAAUCCCCUUUGCCGUCCAUUACAAACCAAGGACGAUUCAGUUCAUCAUCAGUGUGAAUAAAUAUCUAGAGGCUGUCAACAAUAAGUUUGCGGUAGGCAUGAGGUUCAAGAUGAGGUUUGAGGGAGAGGAUUCUCCUGUGAGAAGGUUUUCAGGCACCAUUAUUGGGGUUGAUGACUUUUCUCCUCACUGGGAAGACUCAAAAUGGCGAUCGUUAAAAGUUCAAUGGGAUAAGCCUGCAUCUAUCCCAAGACCUGACAGGGUUUCACCAUGGGAGAUAGAACCCUUUGCGGCUCCCACACCACCAAUUGGUAUUGUUCUAAUAAAUUCUGCUGCAAGCUCAACUCCAUUGGAACAAGCACCGAACCCAGCCGAUUUGGGUUUCAAAGGAUUGCCAACCUUGACUCAAUCAAACAACCGGACCGGAUCUGGGUUUGGUGAGGUCGGAGAGAAAGAAAGAAAGGAAGAAGAUGGAUCGAGAGAGUGAGGGUGAGGGUGAUAAAGUCAUUUUGUUUAU